CAGAAAAGACUACUUUGUUGUAUUAUUCUAAUGUAAAUAGGUCGUGUAUCACACUACGACAUUUGAUAUGUCAAAACAGAUUUCAACAUAUUUGAAAUAUAACAUACACACCAUUUUACCACAAAAAACAAUAAGUCUAGACCAAACAAUAGACUUAGUAACUUAUUAAGAAAGCCUCAUGGGCCUAAAUUGAUCCAAAAUAAAAGCCACAAACAAGAAGAAAUAUGAACCUUUUUUAAAUACACCUCACAUGUCUAGAUAAAGUAUAUUGGUUGUAAAAUGUACAAUGUAGUUCAUAGAAUUGAUUUGUAAUUUGGUCAACAAAUCAUAAAAUCAACCUGGAAGCAUAUUUUCAUCUCUACUCCCAAUUUGGUAUUUUUAUUAUGUUUUCUUGGGUUUCCAAUUUAUAAAAUAUAUUUUUAAAUACAAUUUAAAAACAGGUUUGAUAGAUGUUUUCCCUACUUUUUAUAGGUAAUUAAAGAAUGGGGUUCUAGUUUAAAUAGCUUUGAAACAACAAAUAUGCUUAGAUUUUCCUAAAUUUGGCACUUUGGUGCACAAAGAAACUGAAAGGAAGGGAUUAGAGAACUCAUAGAAAGUAGACUUUAAUUUUGUGCCUAAAUUUAGUGAAGAACUUUUAGACUCAAAUCAAGAGUCAAGACUAAUACUGACUUAAAACGUACUCAGACUACUAAACAACAUAUGGAGUACUAAAAACUCAAAAAGACACAAAUACCUAAGGACUAGGGGAGGAGUUGGAACUGGCAAAGAGCCUAACAAAAUAUUUUAUAAAAGACUAAACUAAAACACAAAACAAAUGGAAAAGAUUCCGAUUCAUAUAGUGCUAGAGACUAAUUUUCAAAAAAGAAAAUGUCCAAAAUGGUACUGUUACGCCAAAGACUAGAAUUUAUAGACAAAGGCAUGAUCAAGGGAUUCCAUUUUAGGUCUGUGAACCGAGAAUAGAGAUUUUAUUUUGGAUUGAAAAUUAUACCUUUUGAAUUGAAUAGAUUAAUAGAAAACCUGUUUUACAAAGAGUCUGAUCUGAUAUAAUCCCCACUUGUUGAAAUACGCAUAUGGAUGUCGAUCUAUCAUGGUCCUGAAUUCGUUCUGAGAAGAAAUGACAAAGACCAAGGAGAAAAUCAAUUGUAGAAACCUGAAAAUGCUCGGCGGGAAGCAAUUGUGUCCAACGAUCAUUGGAAGUGGCACCGUCGGGAGAGACAAUGCUACAACCGUUGAGAAUGUUCUUCUUGUUGAGGGCCUCAAGCACAAUCUUCUUAGCAUUAGCCAAUUGUGCGAUAGAGGUUCUUAUGAUGAUGAUGAAGAAACCGUUAAGGAAAAUGAACCGAAAGAAGAGAAAACGCAGGAGCAAACGGAGCUUCCUAAGGAGUGGAGAACGUUCAAGAAUCACCCUAUUGACAAUGUCAUUGGUGACAUAACACAGGGAGUUUCUACUCAUAAUUCUCUUAGGAACACAAUUAAUCACAUGGCCUUUGUUUCACAAAUUGAACCAACAACCCUUUUGGAUGCUAUUAAUGAUGAACAUUGGUCUAUGGCAAUGCAAGAAGAGCUUAACCAAUUUAAACACAAUGAUGUUUGGGAAUUGGUGCCUAGACCUAAUGAUCAUUCCGUUAUUGGCACAAAAUGGCGAUGUUGGACAUUAGACAUCGCUGUUGAGCCAAGGUUGGAUUUCCAGAAACUUCUGGAACAGCGAUGUAGGCUUCCCUACAGCGUUGUCCAACCUAAGCCAAAGAUAUUGUGCAUUGGCAGAAAGUUUUUGGACAGCGCUGUUGAACUAGAAACAGCGCUGUCAGGCCAAACUUCCAUCUUCAAAGGCAGACCUAAACAGCGAUGUUCUAGAAUUGGAGAAGGUCAAUCAACUUCUAGGCCACCACUCUUUGAUGGCACCAACUACUCUUAUUGGAAGGAACGGAUGAGAAUCUAUAUUCGUUCCACCAACUUCCAAUUGUGGUUGGUGAUCAAAAAUGGCAAAGAAAUCCCUAUGAAGAAAGUGGGAGAAACCACGGUCCCAAAGACCGAAAACAAAUUUGAUGUCGAGGACAUCAAGAAGAUUGAAAACUAUGCAAAGGCCAUCAAUAUGCUAUAUUGCGCGGUCAACCCCGAUGACUACCGAAAGAUCUCAUGUUGCACAACCGCCAAGGAGAUGUGGGACAAGCUUGAAGUGACGUACAAAGAUAAGAACAGGGCAGGAGCUUUCGGCAAAUGCAAGGCCAAAUCCCGGGCGCCUACGACAUCCACCGAGGAACGCCUCUACUAUGGUAACGGGUCAUACCUUUGGUUUGAUUCCGAGGAGGAACACACCCGUUUCCUCACCUUCUUCUCUAAACGGGUUGUGGCUCCUCCACAGAUCAUCCCGGAGCGCUACCCGGAGCUGCAGGGCUACGACGACCUCGACGCGCAGCUUCAUCAGGCCGGCCUUUGGCCUUUCGUCUCCCAGGCUCGGAAGGAGAUCAACCCGGCGCUGAUUCGGCUUGGGCGCAUCGCCGGCCUCCCCUACCAAGGCGACGACGUCUCCCGCUAUGGCGGAGAGGACUGGGUGCUCAACAACGAGGGCCUUAUCCUCAACGAGCUUGGGAUCAUCGAGCUCAUCCGCCAUGCCUCGGGCCGCCCAACCAUCCACUCCGCUAACCCCGAAGGCCGUCUUCUUCUCUACAUCGUCUCCCGGAUCAUCAAACCCAGGAAGCACGGCCACACCAUCAUGUCCGGUGAAGAUCUCAAGCUCAUCCAUGCGAUCAUGCACUCGGCCCCAAUCAAUUGGGCAAAGUUUGUCAUGCUCAACAUGACGAUUGCCGCAUCCACCGACCACGAUCACCUCCUCCCGUACCCGUUCGUGGUGAUGGACAUCCUUGAAUGGUUCAAGGUGACCACCACCGUUGGCCCACUCACAAAGGCCACGAAGAUUUGGACGAUCAGCACCCAAACCUUCAAGAAACGGUCGGACAACGCCGGACCUACCACUGCCGUGCACCGGCGCCGUUCUGCUGCUGGCCCAGCCGAAGCCCAGGCCCGGGCCAACCUUGCCUCCAUCGCCGACUCCCUCAACCGGCUUCACUUCAAAGUUGAUGGGAUGGAUGGCUACCUUGAGCGGCUCGACAAGGCUGUUCAACGCCAAGGGCACGCCAUGAACGCAUACUUCCAACGCGUAAACUACGUCCCCCCACCGUACCAUGGCACGUUCUUUGGGCAAGUGUACGGUGACAAGGACGAAGAGGAUGGCUCCUACGCCCUGUCAAGCUCCCCGGACGAGGACGAGUUCGACGACGCCGUUGACGGUGAUGAGAUGGACGUCGACGACGACGUGGAGGAAACCGAAGACGAAGACUAGGCCGCCCCUAGAAUUUCUCUCUUUUAUUUUAAAUUAUCAUGUCUCUUAAUGCUUCCGUUGUACUCCGCUAUUUCCCAUCUUCAAUAAAUAAAAGUUAUCUUUUAUCUUUUUGUUAAUGUCAAAAGGGGGAAGAAAAGGGCUAUGCAUAU